AUGUCGUCUACCGAAAACACCGACCCCAAGGUCGAGGGAACCAAGCCCGCUGAGAUGGCCGAGAACAAGCCCAUUACCUCUGCGCCUGUCUUCUCCAUGUUUGGUGGUGGCGCAAAGAAACAGAAGGAUACAGAUGAAGAUCGCGGCGAUGUCUCCGGUAGCGCCAAAUCCCAGCGCGAGGCCGCCGCUGCUGCUAAAGGUGAUGAGGAGGAGGCCCCUCCCGAUUCAGAGGAUGUCCAUUUCGAGCCCAUCGUUAAACUCACUGAGAAGGUCAAGACUGUGACACACGAAGAGUCUGAGGAAGAGACAUUCAACAUGCGAUGCAAGAUGUUCAAGUUCACGCAAGACGCCGAUGGAAAUGGCGAGUGGAAGGAGCGUGGCACUGGCCCUCUUCGUCUACUCAAGCACAAGGAGAACGGCAAGACUCGCCUAGUAAUGCGACGAGACAAGACCCUCAAAGUUUGCGCAAAUCACUACAUCACCCCUGACAUGACGAUUGCUCCCAUGUCUACUAGCGACCGAGCCUGGCUUUGGAACGUCGGCGCUGAUGUGAGCGAAGGCGAACCCGAGGCCAUCACCGUGUCCGUUCGUGUCGCAAAUGCUGAGAACGCCCAGCUCUUCAAGGAAGCCUGGCUCAAGGCCCAAAAACAGAACGAGAUCUUGUUUGCCCAAGCCGAGGCUGCGGCUGAGGCUAAAGCUGAGGAGGGCAAGGGAGCUGAGUCGGAGUCUAAGACGGAGGAGAAGAAGGAGGAGGCAGCACCUGCGGCCUCAUCGUAA